GGAGAGGAAAACACUUACUUGUGGCGUACAUCUUUGUACUUGGCAGCAUCUGCCAGCGCAGAGUUCUUUGCAGAUAUUGCCCUGGCUCCAAUGGAAGCUGCCAAAGUUCGUAUCCAGACGCAACCUGGCUAUGCAAACACUCUAAGAGAAGCUCUUCCAAGAAUGUAUGCUGAAGAAGGGAUUUGGGCUUUUUAUAAAGGUGUUGUUCCCCUGUGGAUGCGACAGAUUCCAUACACCAUGAUGAAGUUUGCCUGCUUUGAACGUACAGUUGAAGCUUUGUACAAAUAUGUGGUACCUAAGCCACGAAGCGAGUGCUCAAAGGGUGAACAGUUGGUAGUUACAUUCGUGGCUGGCUAUAUUGCUGGUGUCUUCUGUGCUAUUGUUUCCCACCCGGCUGAUUCUGUGGUAUCUGUGUUGAACAAAGAAAAGGGCAGUACAGCUGGGCAAGUCUUGAAAAAGCUUGGGCCGAAAGGUGUCUGGAAGGGUCUGGUUGCUCGUAUUAUUAUGAUUGGUACCUUGACUGCACUGCAGUGGUUCAUCUAUGAUUCUGUUAAGGUCUACUUCAGACUUCCUCGACCACCACCUCCCGAGAUGCCUGAAUCACUGAAAAAGAAGCUUGGCCUCAUUCAGUAG